CGGCGGCGGCGGCGGCGGCGGCGCCAUGGAGCCGCGGGAGGUGAAGGACCGGAUCCUGGAGAACAUCUCGCUGUCGGUGAAGAAGCUGCAGAGCUAUUUUGCUGCAUGUGAAGAUGAGACCCCUGCCAUCCGGAACCAUGACAAGGUCCUGCAACGCCUGUGUGAGCAUCUGGACCACGCGUUGCUCUAUGGGUUGCAAGACCUGUCAUCUGGCUACUGGGUGCUCGUGGUGCAUUUCACCCGCAGAGAGGCCAUCAGGCAGAUUGAGGUGCUGCAGCACGUGGCCACCAACCUGGGACGCAGCCGGGCCUGGCUAUACCUGGCCCUCAAUGAGAACUCCCUGGAGAGCUAUCUGCGGCUGUUCCAGGAGAACCUGGCUCUGCUGCAGAAGUACUAUGUCAGGAACGCACUGGUGUGCAGCCAUGACCACCUGACACUCUUCCUGACCUUGGUGUCUGGGCUGGAGUUCAUUCGGUUUGACCUGGAUCUGGAUGCCCCUUACCUAGACCUGGCCCCCUACAUGCCUGACUACUACAAGCCUCAGUACCUUCUGGACUUCGAGGACCGCCUUCCCAGCUCAGUCCAUGGUUCGGACAGCCUGUCCCUCAACUCUUUCAACUCUGUCACCUCCACCAACCUGGAAUGGGAUGACAGUGCAAUUGCCCCAUCUAGUGAGGAUUAUGAUUUUGGAGAUGUGUUUCCAGCAGUGCCGUCUGUACCCAGCACAGACUGGGAAGAUGGAGACCUCACAGACACAGUCAGUGGCCCCCGCUCCACUGCCUCGGACUUGACCAGCAGCCAGGCAUCUACCAAGAGCCCUGCCCAGCGCCACAACCCCUUCAACGAGGAUCAGGCCGAGACAGUGUCCUCUGACGCCAUCUCUAAGCACACCAUCUCUCAGGAGAACGGGGAGGACCAGACCCUGGCCCUGCCUGAUGCCUGCACAGAGCUCGAGGUCAUCAGGGUCACCAAGAAGAAGAAAACUGGCAAGAAGAAGAAGAGCAGAUCGGAUGAAGAGGCCAGCCCACUUCACCCGGCCCCCAGUGCUCAGAAAUUUGCCAGGCAGGGAGAAGGAGACAGCCUCGUUGGCAGCCCAGGCCUGGGGCGGGACUCACCAGACACCACCCUCCCCUCCCCUCAGGAUCAAGGCCAGGGGCCCAGCAGCACGGCCGAGAGCAGUGAACAUUCAGAGCUGAGCCAGAUGGGCUUGCUCAUCCCCGAAAUGAAGGACACCUCCAUGCAGUGCGUGGGACAGCCCCUGCGCAAGGUCAUUGACCAGCUCAACGGGCAGCUGGACCCCAGCACCUGGAGCGCCCAUACCAAGCCCCCUGACCAGCCCUUUCGGACCAGCUCUCCCGGGGAGGCCCCGGAGAAGCCGCCACUUUGCGACUUUAGUGAAGGGCUUCCAGCCCCAAUGGACUUCUACCGCUUUACCGUCGAGAGUCCAGGCACUGUUACAUCAGGUGGCAGCCACCAUGACCUUGCAGGGCCUGGCCAACCGCUGCAUGUUUCUGGUAGCCCUACGGCUGCUAGCCAAGAAGAAGAGGGAGGAAGAGGAGAGGGACAGGCACCUCGGCCCCUAGAGGACGCACUGGGGGAGGUUCAGGAGCCAGAACCCCAAGAACUGGGUGCCCCCUUGCCACUGGUCAGCGAGGAGCCUGUGCCUCAGCCUGAGACCCAGCAGACUCUCUGCCAACUCAAGCAAGACCAGUCUAGCCCAUGUCUGAGCAGCGCCGAGGACUCUGGAGUGGACGAGGGCCAGGGGAGCCCUUCGGAGAUGUCACACCCCUCAGAGUUCAGAGUAGACAACAAUCACCUACUCCUGCUGAUGCUCCAUGUCUUCCGGGAAAACGAAGAGCAGUUGUUCAAAAUGAUCCGGAUGAGCACCGGGCACAUGGAGGGCAACCUGCAGCUGCUGUACGUGCUGCUCACAGACUGCUAUGUCUACCUGCUCCGGAAAGGGGCCACAGAGAAGCCAUACCUGGUGGAAGAGGCCGUUUCUUACAGUGAACUUGACUAUGUGUCGGUUGGCCUCGACCAACAGACAGUAAAGCUGGUGUGCACCAACCGCAGGAAGCAGUUUCUCCUGGACACCGCUGACAUGGGCCUAGCUGAGUUCUUCUUGGUCUCUCUGAAGUCGGCCAUGAUCAGAGGUUGUCGAGAACCACCCUACCCCAGCAUCCUAACUGAUGCCACCAUGGAGAAGCUGGCGCUGGCAAAAUUUGUGGCCCAGGAAUCCAAGUGUGAGGCUUCUACUGUGACUGUGCACUUUUAUGGGCUCGUGCAUUGGGAAGACCCCAUGGAUGAGGCCCUGGGCCCCGCCCCCUGCCAGUGCUCACCCCCUGAAGGCACCAACACCAAAGAAGGCAUGUUGCACUACAAGGCAGGCACCUCCUACCUGGGCAAGGAGCACUGGAAAAUUUGCUUCGUGGUACUCAGCAAUGGGAUCCUCUACCAGUAUCCUGACCGCACUGAUGUCAUCCCUCUACUGUCAGUGAACAUGGGGGGAGAGCAGUGCGGUGGCUGCCGGAGAUCCAAUACCACGGAUCGGCCCCACGCCUUCCAGGUCAUUCUCUCCGAUCGGCCGUGCCUGGAGCUGAGUGCCGACAGCGAGGCCGAGAUGGCCGACUGGAUGCAGCACCUCUGCCAGGCCGUAUCCAAAGGGGUCAUCCCCCAGGGGGUGGCUCCCAGCCCCUGCAUCCCCUGCUGCCUGGUCAUCACCGAGGACCGCCUCUUCACGUGCCAUGAGGAUUGUCAGACCAGCUUCUUCCGUUCCCUGGGCACAGCCAGGUUGGCCGACAUCAGCGCUGUCUCCUCCGAGCCGGGCAAGGAGUACUGUGUCCUGGAAUUCUCCCAGGAUAGCCCACAGCUGCCUCCACCCUGGGUCAUCUACCUGAGUUGCACUUCUGAACUGGACCGGUUCCUGGCUGCCUUGAGCUGUGGCUGGAAAGCCAUCUACCAGGUGGAUCUCCCAUACAAGGUCAUCCACGAAGCCUCCAACAAGCAGAAGUUUGAAGACGCCUUGAGCCUCAUCCACAGCGCCUGGCAGCGGAGCGACAGCCUCUGCCGUGGCAGAGCGUCCCGGGACCCCUGGUGCUAAGGCGCUGCUGGGUGGCUUUCCAGGUGGGGCAGAACAGGAAGGCAGGCUGACCAGCAGGCACACUGCUGGGUGUCACCAUGCUGCUUAGGAGCCAGCCCUCUCCUGCCGCAAGGUAGCAGAGGCCCUAGUGAAGCUACAGACAAGGUCUCUCCAUUCCAGGGAUCCAGAGUAGGUGCCCAGCACCCCUGGUAUCCUGUCCAGCUGGUAGUGACUGGAGGUCACUGGGGGCAGAAGGUCUGAGCCCUGUGGGCUCUGCAGACACACAGUGUCCUCCCGGGCCACCUCCUGUCCUUGCCAUCUGCUGACGGUGGCCACGAAAAUAGCUUCCAUCUAAGGGAGAGCACAGGGACCUGGAGGCAGAGCCCCCUCUUCCUCUCCUGGGACAGGGGCCUGGGCAGAGGCUCAGAGCCCCCGUGGGUCCUGAGCGCCCAGCCACCCUUGUUCAUUUUGGAACACUCUCCCAGCUGUGUAGGGAUAGCGGGAGCACGAGCCAUCUGCACACUUCCUCCUCACGCAUCCACCCCACCCACGCCACGCACAGCCCAGCCCAGCCGCCUGCCUCGCACAGCCAGGGCCCAGCUGGCACCUCCUCAUGGUUGCUAGGAGGCCCUGCAUGCCCACGGGCCAGGCCCUUCCUCUCCCCCAAACCCAGCAGAGCUCACAGGACCAGGGAUCCUUUUGCCAUCAGCAGAGGGAGAGGCUGGGAGAGGAGCAGGCCCACAGCCUGUAGCCACCUUGACCUCUGACUAACCCUGCUUGGCUGGGGCUGGCCCUUCCUGAGUGCUUUGUCAGAGCCCUGGUGGGAAAGGCUCAGGUGGUUUGGGUUUUGUUUUUAAGAAUAAAAUAGAUAUGUUAUAUUGCU